UGUCCAUGUUUGAUAGUCACUGAACGCCCGAGCUAUACAACCAGUGUUUGAUAGAGUGCCAUUCAAAAGAAAGCUGUGUCAAUUCAUUAUAAUGUGACUGUGUAAGCUCGUAUACCUUACCUUAUUGAGACAAAACUUAGUUCAUUUUGUAUUACUAGAAUGGAUAUGUUCAUGAAGAGCGCGCAAAGAAGUCGCGUUGAUUGAUUCAUCGGAUCUUGAACAAAGUGGACAGGAGACCCUCUCCAUCAGCAACACCAAGACCAAGACCAGGGGAAGAACACAUUCAGCUGAGACCUUGUAAGUACGAUACAAACCUUUACAAACCUUUAUACUACAUAAUGAUGCAUAGCUCAGUUGGUAGAGCAUGGCGCUUGCAAUGCCAGGAUAGUGGGUUUGAUUCCUGGGACCACCCAUAUGUAAGAAAUGUAUGCAUGCAUGACUGUAAGUCGCUUUGGAUAAAAGCGUAUUAUAAAUGGCAUAUAGUGUAUCAUAUUAUACAUUGAAUGUGUCUUUUAACUAAAUGUGUUUUUAAUUGCUGUACGCUAUAGGUUGUAUAACACAUGGCUCAAGUAAAGUGUAACCCACAGUUUUUGACAGCCAGUGAUAUACAGUAUAUAAUAUGUGAUUAUUUAAAAUCACUGAAGUGUUUAGUGGUCUCUGUUUAAUAAGGCCCAAGAGUGAAUAGAACAACAUUUAUGCAAUGAGGAAUAACACUGUGAAAUCAUUGAAUGUAUCAACUGUAAUUCACUGUAUCUGGGCUGGGGAUUAAUUUCAGCGUCCAGAGUAAUUGUUAACGUUUAUAAACUCAGGAAGAAAAGAAAGCAGAAUGAAUUAUGGCUCCAGGAAGUGUGAUGGAAUAGUUUUUGAAACAUUUGGUCGGUCCUGUGUCUGGAAUUCUUCAACACACAGGUCCAGAAAUAAUACUCGCUUUCUCUCUCUAACUUGAAGGAAAGACUUUGCAGCACUGCUCGUCCACCUGUAUCAAUACAGUAUACUGUUAGUGUCACGAGAAAACCUUUUAUCUCCAAAACAUAACAUUUUCAUGGAUCAACGUUUCAUUUCCCUGUAGGAUAGAGAUCUGGCGUGUUCUAAAAUGUCAAUGUUUAUUUUAGCCUAUAGUCAUGAAACGGUCUUCUAAGGACAUUGAUAAGCCCCAAAUGCAGAGGAUGAAGGUGCAGACGUACCAUUAUGCUCUCACAUUAUAAACUUUUGUACCAACUCUAUGAUCCUUAUCCAUAAAGCAGGGGAGCGUUAUCUGACAAGAACUCGCACUCUCUCUACUAUGAGCUGCCUGUGAGGUUGUCAUGAGUAACUGGGCUGAAGUCACCCUUGCUAGUGGAGGAAGAAUAAUUAAUCUGAGAUGUCUCACAUGCUCGAUCGCCCCUAACUGAACCCUCAUCCUGGAAUAAUACUUAGCACCUGGUCAGGAAACUGCGUGAGCUGUCUAUAACAAAGUCCAGGGCCCCCAAAAACACGACACCAUUGAAUGGGAAAAACUAAUUAAAGAUAAAUUGAGAAUUGCCGUGUCCUAAAGUGUCCUCUAUUUUAAGCAACGUAUGUGGUGGUACAGUACCUGGUGUGCCUACAGCAACAUUUGGAGCAGUCAUGAUGGAUGAACCCUCCACUGCUCCUCCACACACCUCCCAUCCCACAAUAGAUGUGCCUUGACGGUAGAUGUGCCUCGAAGUCCCUCCCCUCUGACAUCCCCAUCCCCCUCCCCACAGCCCUGUUCCAUCCUGUCUACAGAAUGUCUCUCACAGACUACAAAGAUGGCGCCAUUCCUCAAAUGGACUACAAAUAUGGUCCACCCUGCCCUAUGGAAGUUGAGAACUACAGGAAGAGACCCACAAUGCCUUCUUUGGACGAUGGGGAUGAUGGCCGCAGAGGCCUGCCCAGUGUCCUAGAGGUGAGGCGGGUUCGUCUGUGGUCUUUGGGGACCCUGAGGAGUGUCACAAAGGUCAAGGUUAUCAGCUUCCUGCUAGGAUUGACGUUGACCUUCCUCAUCAUGGCUUCUUACAUUUUAACCUGGGAUAAAAAGGGUCUGAUGCUGACCCUGUCACCGUUCCACCUCAGGACUAUAAUCAACCCCAGCAGCACCCUCUCCCAUAACCUGUCCUCUACCAAGGACUAUGCCAACAUUAAGCUCCUGGUGAAGUGCAUUACAUCUAAACUUGAGUUCAGCCCAAGGAAGCUGCCUCUACUGAAGGACGUUGUCAAUAGUGACUCUCAUUUGUUUUCCGUUAUUCCUCGUCAAUUUCUCCCCAAUAUCAAGAGUCCAUGCUGGUAUGAGGAGCUCUCUGGGAAAACCAAAGUGGAUCCUUACAGGAAAAACUUAUAUGCAGUUCGCUCCAAGAGCUUCCGGACUGUCUGUGACUACCUAAGGAAUCAUUUCCAGGAACACUUGUACCACAGCGAAGACGACAAGCAAUACCGUCUGCGCUGUCUGCCAUAUUUCUACAUCAUUGGCCAGCCCAAAUGUGGCACAACGGACCUGUUUCACCGUCUGCUGCUACACCCGGAGGUCAAGUUCACCACCAUGAAAGAGCCCCACUGGUGGACAAGGAAAAGGUUUGGUAUCAUCCAUCUUAAAGAUGGCCUCCUGGAGCGCUUCCCUGUGGAGGACUACCUGGACCUGUUUGAACUGGCUGCCUACCACAUCCAGGAGGGAAUACUGGGGAAUACCUCUGGAGACCACAGUCAGCGACACAUUAUUACAGGUGAAGCAAGCGCAUCCACGAUGUGGGACAACCAAGCCUGGAGCUAUCUCUAUAACGACCGGGCUGGGGAGCCUCCUUUCCUGGCCCAGGACUUCAUCCACGCAGUUCAGCCCAACGCAAAAAUCAUUGUCAUGCUCAGAGACCCAGUAGAGAGGUUAUAUUCAGACUACCUGUACUUCAACAUGGCUAACAAGUCUGUGGAGGACUUUGACCUGAGGGUCUCAGAAUCCCUACAGCUGUUUCAGGCUUGUUUAGCAGAAAACUCUGUGCGUUCCUGUGUCUACAACACUAGCCUCUCCAAUGCCAUGCCGGUCAGACUGAACCUAGGACUGUAUAUUGUCUUCCUACUGGACUGGUUGACUGUGUUCCAUAGGGAUCAGAUCCUAGUUCUGCAGUUAGAAGGCUACGCUGCUAAUCUGAGACUCACCAUACAUAAAGUCUUUGACUUCCUAAACGUGGGGCCUUUAUCUGAGCAGAUGGAGGCAGCUCUCACCAAGAGGCCCAUGUCCAACACACGGAGGGCAGCAGACAGGAGCUUGGGCCCCAUGCUGCCCAGCACCAGGGACCUCCUCAGGGAGUUCCACCAGCCAUUCAACCACAAACUGGCCACAAUCCUGGACAACAAAGCCUUCCACUGGACAGAGACAUGAGGAAUGGCUUCAUCCGAGAUGGAUACAGACCUGAGGAAUAAGUACUGUACCAAAUCCCCCAUGGUCCUUUGAGUCCUAUGAGAUGAACUGUCAAGUGGGAUAAGCCAUGGACAUGAAUUAAGUCACAAUGGGAGAACGUAUAGACAAUAAAAUGUCUGAGGUGCUCUGAAGUCCUGAAUAAUGCAACUGUCUAGUGCUUGAAGUUGAAAGGAUAAUAUUUUUUUUAUAUAUAUAUAUUUUCUUUGCCUUUCGUGAUAAUGAAUUUGACUGCGGUGCCCUUAUACUGUAUGUUGGAGAAGAGUUUGCUUUUUGUAGGAGAGACUCCUGGAAAACGACUGGGGUAGAGCCUGGUGGACUACUCCCUCUAGUGGAGAAGCUUUGACAUGACACAUAUUGAGAUAAAAAAGGGAGGCUUCACAAUGCUAAUGAUUGAUCAUUUUGAUAUAAUUUCACUCUCAAUUAUUGUGAAACUAUUCUGUAAAAAACAAUAUUGGAGCAAACAGCACAAUGGAUUUGAUCAUGAUGUUGCCUUCAAUUUUCUUUAAAAACAAACAUGAAACAACUUGUCUUCAACGCCAUACUUUUUUAACUACAUUCAAUUAAGUAAAUGGCAAAGAAGUGACCACAUGUUCAUAACCUGCUUUUUUAAUGUGAAAUAUGUUGAUGCCAUUCUACACUGCCCUAGACACACAAUGGACACGUCUUCACACCAGAGGGCAACAGAACCACAGAGACACACUAUGGAAUCUCAUUUCCCGUCAUGCAAGCCAAUGCAAGUCUAUUUUCUUACCAAAGAUUGGCAUAUUUGUUUCUAACUGAUAUUUUCCAGUAGUUUCGUUGUUUGUACACGCUCUGCACAUGGACACAUUAUGCGUAAACUCAAGCAUCAAGCCUAACUUGCCUGAUGGGCCACCCCCAGGUGGUGAGGGUAGGUAACAUCACAUCCGCCACGCUGACACUCAACAUGGGUGCAUGCU